AUGUGUACCUUAUGUAGCGCAUUACGUAGACAAGACAACACUAGGGACAACACCAGGAACAACACCAGGGACAACACUAGGGACAACACCAGGAACAACACCAGGGACAACACUAGGGACAACACUAGGGACAACACCAAGGACAACACUAGGGACAACACUAGGGACAACACUAGGGACAACACUAGGGACAACACCAGGAACAACACUAGGGACAACACUAGGGACAACACUAGAGACAACACCAGGAACAACACUAGGGACAACACUAGGGACAACACUAGGGACAACACUAGGGACAACACUAGGGACAACACUAGGGACAACACUAGGGACAACACUAGGGACAACACUAGAGACAACACUAGGGACAACACUAGGGACAACACUAGGGACAACACUAGGGACAACACUAGGGACAACACUAGGGACAACACCAAGGACAACACUAGGGACAACACUAGGGACAACACUAGGGACAACACUAGAGACAACACUAGGGACAACACUAGGGACAACACUAGGGACAACACCAGGGACAACACCAGCGACAACACUAGGGACAACACUAGGGACAACACUAGGGACAACACUAGGGACAACACCAAGGACAACACUAGGGACAACACUAGGGACAACACUAGGGACAACACUAGGGACAACACCAGGAACAACACUAGGGACAACACUAGGGACAACACUAGGGACAACACUAGGGACAACACUAGGGACAACACCAAGGACAACACUAGGGACAACACUAGGGACAACACUAGGGACAACACUAGAGACAACACUAGGGACAACACUAGGGACAACACUAGGGACAACACCAGGGACAACACCAGCGACAACACUAGGGACAACACUAGGGACAACACCAAGGACAACACUAGGGACAACACUAGGGACAACACUAGGGACAACACUAGGGACAACACCAAGGACAACACUAGGGACAACACCAGGAACAACACUAGGGACAACACUAGGGACAACACUAGGGACAACACUAGGGACAACACUAGGGACAACACCAAGGACAACACUAGGGACAACACUAGGGACAACACUAGGGACAACACUAGAGACAACACUAGGGACAACACUAGGGACAACACUAGGGACAACACUAGGGACAACACUAGGGACAAUACUAGGGACAACACUAGGGACAAGACAACACCAAGACAACCCCAGGGACAACACCAAGACAACACUAGGGACAACACCAAGGACAACACUAGGGACAACACUAGGGACAACACUAGGGACAACACUAGGGACAACACUAGGGACAACACCAAGGACAACACUAGGGACAACACUAGGGACAACACUAGGGACAACACUAGAGACAACACUAGGGACAACACUAGGGACAACACUAGGGACAACACUAGGGACAACACUAGGGACAAUACUAGGGACAACACUAGGGACAAGACAACACCAAGACAACCCCAGGGACACGACAACACCAGGGAAAACACCAAGACAACACCAGGGACAACACCAGGGACACGACAACACCAGGGACACGACAACACCAAGACAACACCAGGGACAAGACAACACCAGGGACAACACCAGGGACAACACCAGGGACAAGACAACACCAGGGACAACACCAGGGACAAGACAACACCAGGGACAAGACCACACCAGGGACAACACCAGGGACAAGACAACACCAGGGACAAGACAACACCAGGGACAAGACCAGGGACCCCCUCAUCUGUCACAGAGACAACCAGCUCCUCCUUAACACCAGGGACCCCCUCAUCUGUCACAGAGAUAACCAGCUCCUCCUUAACGCCAGGGACCCCCUCAACUGUCACAGAGACAACCAGCUCCUCCAUAAAACCAGAGACCCCCUCAUCUGUCACAGAGAUAACCAGCUCCUCCUUAACACCAGGGACCCCCUCAUCUGUCACAGAGAUAACCAGCUCCUCCUUAACGCCAGGGACCCCCUCAUCUGUCACAGAGAUAACCAGCUCCUCCUUAACACCAAGGAUCUGUCGGACACGGGACUCCAGUUACCACCCAGGGGUCUCCAGAUAG